AGAUUUAGGACGGGAAGUAGUGUCUAAGUGCAGGAGGAAUGACCCAUGUAUUAGCUACAUUCUAGCUAGGGGUGCUAGCAAUGUCAGAGCUGCAGGGUGCUGGCCACGUUUAGGGAGCGCCCCCGGAUCACCCUGUAUGGCAGAUGCGGUCAGGUGGCUGCAGAUUGCAGUGAAGAGCAGAUGGCCCGUGUGUGUAGAGAGUGUGAGAAAACGUCACGUACUCAGGAAUAUGGCUAAAGAGAUUCGAGGGCAGUAUGAACCUGUUGCUGAAAUCGGGGUUGGAGCCUACGGUACUGUGUAUAAGGCACGAGACUUGCAGAGUGGGAAGUUUGUGGCCCUCAAAAAUGUGCGAGUUCAGACUAAUGAGAAUGGUCUUCCCCUCUCUACUGUCAGGGAGGUAGCACUGCUGAAACGCCUUGAGCACUUUGACCAUCCAAACAUUGUAAAACUAAUGGACGUUUGUGCCUCUGCCCGGACAGACCGCGAAACUAAAGUGACCCUGGUUUUUGAACAUGUGGACCAAGACCUAAAGACUUACUUGAAUAAGGUCCCACCUCCUGGUUUGCCUCUGGAUACCAUUAAGGACCUAAUGAGGCAGUUCCUCUCUGGACUUGAAUUUCUUCAUCUGAACUGCAUUGUGCAUCGUGACCUAAAGCCAGAAAAUAUCCUGGUGACAAGCUGUGGACAGGUCAAACUAGCAGAUUUUGGCCUAGCACGAAUUUACAGCUGCCAGAUGGCUCUCACCCCUGUGGUGGUGACUUUGUGGUACAGAGCACCUGAGGUGUUACUUCAGUCUACGUAUGCCACACCAGUAGACAUGUGGAGUGUAGGAUGCAUCUUUGCAGAGAUGUUCAGGCGGAAACCCCUCUUUUGUGGAAAUUCCGAAGCUGACCAACUCUGCAAGAUUUUUGAUAUGAUCGGACUCCCAUCUGAGGAUGAAUGGCCAGAGGACGUAACAUUGCCACGUUCAGCCUUUUCACCAAGGAGUCAGCAGCCAGUGGAGAAGUUUAUCCCUGAAAUUGAUGCCACGGGUGCCCAGCUUCUGCUGGAAAUGCUAACAUUUAACCCCCUGAGACGCAUCUCUGCAUCACAGGCUCUGCACCACUCCUUCUUAUCAGAGGACCUGGAGGCCUGCUCCAACUCGGAGCCCUUCCCACACGCACGGGCCACAGCAGACAAAGUGAUAUAGAUGUAUUUGCUAGAAGCUGAGUAUUUUAUUUGUUCUAGAUUAUCAGGAAUAUACCAUUAGUGGAGAGGAAACAAAGACCAAUUCUUCCUCUUGACUUCAGCUAAACAAAAGACACUGCCAUUCUUCACUGCCUUAAUGGAUGGAAGGGACGUCUGCUUAAUGUGCCUUUCAUCACAAGCAAUAUCAUUCUUUCUAGUAAAGACACUACACCAGUAAAUUCAGACUACGAUGUCAUGAUGACAUAAGCUAGCUCUUUUGUUUUUUUUUUGCCUGGAAAUAUUUUUGAUUUAACAAAACGUGCAAUUGAUCUGCCAGUGAAACGUGGGUGCACAAAUGAAAGCUGAGUUGCCAUCCUGAUAUAUUACCUUUUUAAUCACUUUUUGGAUUCACGCACAUUCUCAUGGUUCUUACAAUCACAUUUAUGGAUUCUGAACAUUCAGCAGUAAGGAGGACUGCACUGAAAUUGUGCAAAACCUGGACUUGUUCUACUAACAGGACAUGCUUGUUUCAGAGGCUGUUUUAUGAAAUAGAGGACAUAUAUUGUACUGAUGAUCAUUUACUUCUUGACCUUUGGUCCAUUCCUCAUACACAGAUGGAGGACCCUGUUUUACAGCCAAUGUCAAGUCUCCCAUAUUGAGCUGAGCAUUUGAUUUUCCUUUCCAGAGUACUGAAUGCGUUCCUUUACUACGUCUCAUGCUCCUUAUUUUUUUUUUUUAUUGUAUUUUUACUCAUUUUACAAAUUUAUAUUUACACUCUUA